AUGCGGCCAAGGAGGCUCGAGGCCGAGGGGAGUGAGAUCCGGCCGCAGGAGCUACUCGAUUGGCGGACCGACGUUUCAUCCGCUCCAAUACGAGCCUCCUAUACGGAUAAAGAUCUGACUUCAGAUAAUGGGGAAACUGUCCCUAUUGUAGAGAGAGGGUUGAUUGUUUGGUGUGAAAUAUCAAGCAAGAAAAGACAGAAGGUCGAUGAGCCUUGCUGGCAACUUCGCCAUGUUGAUAACACGCUAAGUCAUUCGCUUAGCACGGCCAACAAUUUCGGCGGCAACGUAAACAACCCACGCCGGCGCCGACGCAAAAAAUCAAAAAAAAUCAAAAAUCCAUCCGAGACAAAAAGGACCGACGAUGAUGGAUCCCUACAACUGAAUCAUUUGGCGCCCGGUUUCACCAGCAGCGAGACCACCACAGUCAAUGAGGAGGAGUACGAUGACUCUGGGACGUCGAUUAUCAGACCUACAAAGCGUGCCACCUCGGCCGCUGGCAUCGCAAGAACUGCGUCUUCCGCGGGGAGAAGAAGACGCUCUACUUUCGGCCAGAUGUUGACCCCCGCCUUGAGCUCUUGCGCGGCCGCCACCACCAACGGUAACAACACCACAAACAUCGACAACAUCACCAACGACAACGAUACCACCAACUACGAGCACAUCACCAACGACGAGAACAUCACCAACGACGACAAUACCACCAACGACAACAAUACAACCAACGACGACAACACCACCAACGACGACAAUACCACCAACGCCUCGAGCCCGACCCUGAACGCCGCGUCCCUCAUCGAACCCGGCCCAGAUCAAGGUAGAAUGGAUACCACAGCAGAAACAGCACCGCAAGCGGUACCCGGCGUUCAAGUCGCAACGUCGCAAUCCGAAGCGCCAGCCCCCGCCGUCAAAGUCGCGACCAGAGGAAGCCUAAGCGGAAUAUGGGUUUGCUGCUGCUGUCGCAAGUGGAUCUCGUCGUCCGGUCGCAAGUGCAUCCGGGCCCGCGCCACCGGCGAGAGAGCCCCAGCUUUCGAGCCUUGCUUGCACUUGAGGUGCAAGGUCUGCGACGAUCUGACCGAGGCGGGGCGGGAGGAGGUGGAGAGGAAUGGACGGCCGCUGGAUACCGAGCCGCUGGUCGGUGAGGUGGGAGAGGCAGUGCCUGGACACGAUUCUUCGGUGUGGAUUUGA